AUGGAGUUUGCACGCCAAAUGUUUGACAAAAUGUCUCAACGAGAUGUUAGCACCUGGACUUCGUUAAUCACAGGAUAUGCUCACAAUCGACAUUAUGAAGAAGCUCUGCAGCUAAUUGAACAAAUGCAUAGCGAAGGCGUAUUACCCAGUAAGUUUACUUUCGCUAGCGUUUUAAAAGCAUGUGCGGAGUUGACGGAUUUGGAAUGCGGUAAAGAGAUUCAGGAUCAGAUUAGGAAGAUGGAGAUUGAGAUUGAUGUUGCUGUGGAGAAAGCACUUAUUGAUUUGCAUGCAAAAUUUGCUAACACUAAAGACGGUAGUCACCAGAAUAGGAUGAAUGAACAGGCGCUGAAAUUUGUAUUUCCGAUACGGAGUGCAGGGGGAGAUUUAGGAAAGGGAAAGCAAGUUCAUGGUCAUGUUUUCAGAACUGGGUUUGAUUUGAAUGGUGUUGUUGGUAAUGCUCUUUUUAACAUUUAUUCCAAAUGCAGGAAUGUAGUUGCUGCACGCCAUGUGUUUGACAGAAUGACAAACCACAGAUUUGGAUUGCCAAACGGGAUGGCUUUUGGAUUUGUUCCUAGUGAAGCAUAA